GAAGCCUUAUCCGUUGUGAGUGAGGACCAGUCAUUAUUUGAGUGUGCCUACGGAACGCCGCACCUGGCUAAGGCCGAGAUGACAGCAUCCUCCUGCAGCGAUUAUGGCCAGACCGCCAAGAUGAGCCCACGUGUCCCCCAGCAGGACUGGCUGCCACAACCCCCAGCCAGGGUCACCAUUAAGAUGGAAUGCAACCCCAGUCAGGUGAAUGGCUCCAGGAGCUCCCCCGAUGAAUGCAGUGUGGCCAAAGGUGGGAAGAUGGUGGGCAGUCCGGACGCGGUGGGGAUGAGCUACGGCAGCUACAUGGAGGAGAAGCACAUGGCACCCCCCAACAUGACCACGAAUGAGCGCCGGGUGAUCGUACCAGCAGAUCCUACCCUGUGGAGCACAGACCACGUGCGGCAGUGGCUGGAGUGGGCGGUGAAAGAGUAUGGCCUUCCAGACGUGGACGUCUUGCUGUUCCAGAAUAUUGACGGCAAGGAGCUGUGCAAGAUGACCAAGGAUGACUUCCAGAGGCUCACCCCGAGCUACAACGCCGACAUCCUUCUCUCCCAUCUCCACUACCUCAGAGAGACUCCUCUUCCACAUUUGACUUCUGAUGAUGUUGACAAAGCCUUACAAAACUCUCCACGGUUAAUGCAUGCUAGAAACACAGGGGGUGCAGCCUUUAUUUUCCCAAAUACUUCAGUAUAUCCUGAAGCUACGCAAAGAGUUACAACUAGGCCAGAUUUACCUUAUGAGCCUCCCAGGAGAUCGGCCUGGACCACCCAAGGUCACCCCACCCCUCAGUCCAAAGCUGCUCAGCCAUCUCCUUCCGCAGUGCCCAAAACGGAAGACCAGCGUCCCCAGCUAGAUCCUUACCAGAUUCUGGGACCGACCAGUAGCCGCCUUGCGAACCCAGGGAGCGGCCAGAUCCAGCUGUGGCAGUUUCUCCUGGAGCUCCUGUCCGACAGCUCCAACUCCAACUGCAUCACCUGGGAAGGCACCAACGGGGAGUUCAAGAUGACCGACCCCGACGAGGUGGCCCGGCGCUGGGGCGAGCGCAAGAGCAAGCCCAACAUGAACUACGAUAAACUCAGCCGCGCCCUGCGCUACUACUACGACAAGAACAUCAUGACCAAGGUGCACGGGAAGCGCUACGCCUACAAGUUUGACUUCCACGGCAUCGCCCAGGCGCUCCAGCCGCACCCCCCGGAAUCGUCUCUGUACAAGUACCCCUCCGACCUCCCGUACAUGGGCUCCUACCACGCCCACCCGCAGAAGAUGAACUUCGUGGCUCCCCACCCCCCCGCACUCCCCGUCACCUCCUCCAGCUUCUUUGCUGCCCCGAACCCAUACUGGAAUUCACCCACGGGUGGCAUCUACCCAAACACUAGGCUCCCAGCCAGCCAUAUGCCCUCUCAUCUGGGCUCUUACUACUAACGGCCCUCCGGAGGCCUAGCCCAACAACCUGCAGUCACCCAUACAUUGCCACGAACUCAACCAGAGACCACGAAUCUAAAGUGCCUCAAGAGAAAUGAACAAAAGCUUGUCUGGGGCUGGGGAAGGAAGCCAGGGAGAGACCCAAAGACUUACAGAGGGGGACAGUGACUUACGAAUUACUACAGGAAAGAAAAAAGGCUUCUCAAGAUGCCAUCUAUCUGGACAGACAAUCUGCGGCCCAAUCUUGUCAAAGACAUUGUAUGUAGAAGCAUGAAGUCAUAAGGACAAGUGCCAAAAAGAAAAGUAGCCUUAAGUAGUGUAUAAACAAUAGAGUUUGGGACCCUGCUCCUACAAAUUGGGCUUCAACAAAAGCAAUAGAUGUGACACAGUCUUGGCCUAAUAUACCCAAGGAAAACUACCUGUACUUUAUGAUAGAAACAUAUCAAAACCAAAGUCAAACAACAGGAUGGAAGAAAGGGAGGGAAUGAAAGAGGGAGAGAGAGAGAAAGAGAGAGUGACAGAAAGACAGACCGAGCAACUAGGGCACCUUAACAGAUGUUCGCCACGGAACAUCUUGGGUUGAUGUUUUGGUUCAGUCAGACACCUCGCAGUUGAUGGAAGGCGCCUCGCUGUCUCACACUGUGAAGACAGCCCAAAGUUUCCAUCUCCUAGACAGUACUACAGAAGGCCAAGCCAGACGGUGGGCUGGGGAUGUGGACAGAUGAGUGUGAGUAUGGAUGAAGGGAUGGAGGAGGAAGGAGAGGGCACAGAGGAAGAGGAGGAGGCAAGGGCUGGGGAAGAAACUUCCUGAGCAGUGAAGUCUGGAUUUCGGACACGUUGUAAUGGCAGAGUUAGGAGGGUGGACGCAGCACGCCUCAUGGACAGAGGGAGGGAGCAGAAUUCAGAACCCCAAAUACACAUCUCUUUCUUUGAUUGUCAAAGAAAACUUUAACUGGAAUUGUCUGAUAUUUAAAAAACGUUCAGGACCUCAGCACUGGCAGGGGGAGGGGCGGUGUCCUCCACCAGGUCAGGUCAAAGGGGGCCCAGUGGCCACCAUCAUCACAGAUCUACACAGGCAUUGUGGGUAGGCAGGCUCCAGUUUUCCUCUUCGAGUCGCAAACGCUGUGCGUUUGUCAGAAUGAAGUGUUCAAGUCAAUGGUUUGUUCUUGUUUAUUUUUUCCUUUUUUAUAUAAUUAUUAUAUAACUUAUGCAUUUAUACACUACGAGUUGAUCUCGGCCAGCCAAAGACACACCACACAAAAAGAGACAAUCCAUGAUCUAAUGUGGCCUUGAAUUUUAACUCUGUAAUGCUUAAUGUUUACAAUAUGAAGUUACUAGUUCUUUAGAAUGCAGAAUGUAUGUAAUAAAAAUAAGCUUGGCCUAGCAUGGCGUUAGCAGAUUGA